AUGUAUUCGGCUCCCUAUGGCUACCAAAAUGCCGCCGCAGGCCCCAUCUUCAACGGCGCCCCACCCCAGCAAGCUGCCCACAUGCAGCCCAGCCCGUCCCCGAACCAGCAGCAGCAGAUGAUGUAUAACACACAGCAGUUUCCCAUGCCGGGCCAGCCCGGUGCCUUUCCCGUCGGCCCUAAUCCAGCCCUCAUGGGAGGAGGUGCUGCCGGCUCUGCAGGAAUGAUGCAGAAUCCUGGCAUGCCGCACAUGGCUGCUAAUGGUCAGAUGUCAUUCCAGGUUCCUUUCACAACCUCGCCUUAUGUGGCUGCCGUCCCUUCCUCUACGGCUCCCCAGCCGCAGCUGCCGGCCAACUUCAUGAUGGCCGGCCAGAUGGGACCUUAUCAGAUGAACCCGGGCUUGCCCAGUCAGCAGCCCAUGAUGCAGCGGAUGAUGCCGGCCCAGCAGAAUCCCGCCGGCAUCUCGGUGUCCACGCCUCAGCGCCAGUUUAGCCAGUCCCAAGGCACCCCUACGAGCACCAUGCCUCCCCAGCAGCAACAGUUCUCUACGCCCCAGACCCAAGGAACCCCCCAGAACCAGACGCCCACCACGGCACACCCUCCGCCAGGGUCAUUAGCAACCCCACAAACACCCACCUUCCCUGCAGACCAGGGGCAACCGCAGGUGAAUGGGACUUCUAGCGGCUCCACUCCCCAGAGCCCGGCGACCGACUCUCGGGACAGGGAGAGGAUGGCCGUACUCCUGGAGAUCAAUCAGGAGCUACUGUACGAAUCAAUACAGCUUGUCAACAGCAGGAACGAGCUCAAGAAGGAGCAAGCUGCUGCCCAGGCCAGUGGCGUCAAAAACAACGACGUGGACUAUGCCGAAGAAGAAAAGCUCGCCAACCUCGACUACAACCAAUGCAUGAGGCGGCUACAAGCCAACCUCACCUACAUGUUCGCCCUCGCCGAUCGCAAGGGCAAAGCUCAGCUCCCGCCAUCACCGGCCUACCUCACUCCGCCCCCGCUGAACCUGCAGCUGAAGCUCAGAGUUCCGCCCAGCACGCCAGGCGACCCGAUCGAGAGACCGGCUGACCCAGUUGCCGACCGCGCCGAGCGCGACCAACUGCUCAAGAGCCUUUACAAGAAACUCCACACACUGUAUCCGGGUAUCGACCCCAACAAGGAACCACCUGCCCAGCCGCCUGCCGGUGUGCGGCCGUCGGGAGGAGCACCCGGAGGAGCACCGGCAGCGCCAACAACAGAAGCAGGAGGAGGAGGAGGAGGAGGAGGGGCGGGUCCCAACCCUACACACAACCCCAACCCUAACAACGCAAAUGUUUUGGCCGGGACAGCAGCACCGGCACCGCGAUCAGUCGCCGGAGCCAAGGCCUCUCCGCAACAACAAAACGGCGGCGUCAGCGGCGCGUUUCAAGUCCCAAAUCAGAACAGUCCUGCUCCCGGCCCCGGGCGGAUACAGGGGACAUCGAUGACAUCGAUGAUGGCCGAGGCUGCGGCGCCGGGAUUGGUGUAGACAAAUGAUUUGCGAAGGAAGUCCGUAACGGAAAGAAAGAGGUGGCAUCAUGGCUGAGCCAAUAUGUGACGGAGGUUUGUAGUGUAUGUACGAUGGAGUGGUGGAUUGAGGUAUGGACUUUGGCUUUGAUACAUAGAUCUGGAAAAUUUCAUAGGCGGCUGAUGAAGGGAUGGGCGGCUGGAUUCCCUGUG